AUGGCUGAACUAGAUAGUGAGGACAGUUUGGAUGGAGCAUUAGUUAUAGAUGAACCUCAGGAUGAACCAAAAUAUGAUUUACACCAAAUUAAAAUAUUAGAAAGUUCUGAUUCUGAUGUGGAAAUUAUUGAAAUAAAAGACGAUGAUGAGAUUUCUCCAUCCUCUAAUAAUUUACUCAAUUCUGAUUCCGAUGUGGAAAUCAUUGAAAUAAAAGAUGAUGAUGAUGAAAUUUCUCCAUCCUCUGAUAAUUUAAUCAAUUGUGUCAAAAAGUUCAAUGAUAGUUUAGGAAAUUGUAUUAAUGUAUCAAACGUUCAACAAAGGGUCACUAAAAGAAAAAAAUCUGAAGACCUUACACCUGAACUCUGUAUUAAAAAUAAACGAGGCAGUCCACCAAAACUCAAUAAUGGUUUCAAAAAUCCACUUCCUCAACUUAUUCCCAUAAAUAGACCAAUAAUAUUAGCAAACACAGAACCUCAAGACGAAAAAAAAAUAUUCAAUCUUCAAACAGAAUCAAAAAAAUACAAUCUUACUCCUCCCAAAAAUAAUCCAGAAAAUAAUUUGCCAUCUCUUAGUCAAAUUUUAAUUAAUGAAAUUGAACCAGAAUAUCCAUGUACCACAUGUGGUCAAAUAUUUAGACAUAAUAUUGGACUAAUAUGUCAUUUAAACGAUGCACAUAAUAUUAUAACGACUGUAGCAGAAGCAAAAGAUAAAAAGAAAUCAUAUACUAAAGUGCAUGAAAGAAAAAAAAGUAUAGAAAAUGACGAACCUACAGUAGAAACAAUUAAUUUAACAAUGUUGCCAGAUUUAAAAAAAGAUACUUUGUUGAGUAGAAUGAAAUCAUAUGUGUAUAGCCCUAACAAAAACGAUGUGAUUUGUGUUUUGUGCAAAGCAGAGUUUAAGAAUAACAAAAAGGCAUUAGCUCAUGUUGAAGACAAGCAUAUUUCCAAAAAAAUUGAGUGUGGUUACUGUAACAUGAAAUUUGUGUACGAAUUAAAAUUGCGAAGUCAUAUGGCGAAAAGACACAAAAUAAUCUGUGUUCUUAAAUGCGAAAAAUGUGCAAAGAUGAUAAACAGAGAAGAGUAUGAAUCUCAUUCAGAAAAAUGUACAGGACAAAUGAAUACAAUAAAUAUCAAAAUAGAAGAUUGCUCUUAA